AUGGUCAACCUGGAGUCCAAGGAGGAGCUGGGCAUCAUCAAGCGCAAGGAGGAGCCUUUGCACUUUGUCGACGCGCUCCAGUGGGGGAAUCACCUCUUCCUUCCCUACUACAGGUUGAAGGCCAAGUUCAGUGAGGACAUGGAGCCACCAAGCAUGGCUGUCCUGCGCCAGCUGCGCCCAUUAGAGGGUGGUCUUACUUUGCAAGGGCACGUGUAUUUGGAGUGCGGGUGCAGGAGCCUCAUUGUUUCCUCCAGCCUUGUCCGCCAGGGCGAGCGGGGCUGGUGGGUGGGUGUUUUCCGCCACAGCCGCAGCACCAAAGCCUGGAAUGACACCGCUGUCUGCAUCUUCGGGAUGGAGGAGAUGAAGGACCAAGCCUGUGCGUUCACGCACUUCAGCAUGAACAGGGAGAGCUGUGAGGCACAAUCAAUCAAGAAAUUACCUACCUUGAUUCACUCUGGAUUAGUGGCUGUUUAUGGCACAGUUGUUUUGAAUCAGAUAGUUCUCUUUUUGGGAACCGAUGAUGGACAGUUACUGAAGGCUAUUCUUAAUGAGGAUAUGGAAUCUAAUUGCCCAGAGGUUUUAUACGAAAUAAAGGAAGAAACCUCAAUUUUCCCCAAACUUCGACUUGAUCCAGUAGAUAAUAACUACAUCUAUCUGUCCUCUGCCAAUAAGGUGAGAAGAAUACCAGUUGCAAAUUGUGGUAGAUAUGUUUCCGAGGAAGAAUGCUUAUCUGCAAAGGAUCCCUACUGUGGGUGGUGUUCUUUGAAUAAAAGGUGCACAUUAAAAGAGAAUUGUACAAGUUCAAACAGCCUAAAGGGUUGGUAUAACAUUUCACAUGCACCUGAUAAAGAUCUGAAAAUCCUGCUAAGUUUCCCUGCCCCAAAUCAGGUUGCUGUGACUGCAAGCAUAAGCAAAAUCCUUACUUCCUGUGUGAUAAAAAUUGUAAAACCUGUUGAAAUAUUUUAUGAAAAUAUAGUGCUGAAAAAGUCAUCCUGUUUCUGCAAUCUAACCACUCUGGUCGUCACAGAUAAUGGCACAAGUUGCAGCUUUCGAUCAGUUGUGACAGGUCUCACAUUUGCUCUGGAGCGUUCCAGCAUUCAGCAGCCCACAGUAGCAUGUGGGGACAAUGUGCUGGGAACCUUUCUGAAAUGGGCAAAUGCUGUUUGCAGUGGAUGCCGAUGUGAGCCCAGUGGUUCAGUUGUGACAGGUCUCACAUUUGCUCCGGAGCGCUCCAGCAUUCAGCAGCCCACGGUAGCAUGUGGGGACAACGUGCCGGGGACCUUUCUGAAAUGUGCAAAUGCUGUGUUUGCAGUGGAUGGCGAUGUGAGCCCAGUGGCCCCCUCUGGCCACCAGCCCAAAGGCUUGGUGCUGCUCUGGCAUAUCAACAUUCAUUCCAUUGAACCUUUGUGGAUUUCUACAUUAGGCAAAAGUGAAAUAACAGUCAAAGGAGAAAACUUCACACGUGCAUCAGGCAUAAAACUAAUACUGACUGGAAUCACUGGCUGUAAACCAGACAUCAUUAAAGUAAGAAAUGUGCUAAACGAUACACAAAUGACAUUUACUCUCCCACCAACACGUAAAGAGGCCAAAAGUAUAUGUAUACAGGCUAAUGGGAAAAAAUGUUCACCACCAAUGACCCUACAUUAUGUUUCACUACCAUCAUGUUCUGGAAUCACACCGAACACCUCCUGGAUCAGUGGUGGUCGCAAAAUUACUACGAGGGGUAGAAAUUUUAAUGUGGUGGACAGUGUGAUUAUUUCAGACGACCAGAGAUCAAACUUCACUGUAAGUCUUAAUCUAUCUGAAUAUCAUUACUUAACGCCAAGCCUGAGCCAUGCAACAGAGGGUAAAGUUGUUGAUAUGAUGUUAAAAGUGGAAACUACCUUUAUACCAUGUGUCAAAUUACACUAUCAUCCUGACCCAGUGUUCAUUAACUAUCAGCUGCACACUGAGUUGGAUCCUGAUCUGGAAUUAAAAAUAUAUAAAGAAAAUGACAACUUGAAUAUUUCUAAAACUGAGGUAGAGGUUUAUCUGUCAUAUAUGAAUGGUGCACAGACCAAAAAGAUAUGGUUCAGCGUUCAAAACAUUACGAAAAAACCAGACCGUAGCACCAUACUGUGCAAAUUCAAAAGGGAAGGAACAGACAAGAUUGACUUUUCCACAGUGAAGGUUUUUGUCAAAUUAGGAAAUUUUGAGCAUGAAGUCAAACCAACAUCAUCACACAUAUAUUUAUAUGUUCUUAUUUUGCUACCUAUUGUAGUGGGUGUCAUUAUAGCGGCAUUCAUAGUUACUAGAUACAAAUCCAAAGAGUUAACUCGUAAACAGAGUCAGCAACUUGAACUGCUGGAAUAUGAGAUUCGAAAGGAAAUACGCGAGGGAUUUGCUGAACUGCAGAUGGAUGAAUUAGAUGUGGUGGAUAGUUUUGGAACUGUUCCCUUCCUUGACUACAAGCACUUUGCUCUUAGAACUUUCUUUCCAGAGUCAGGAGACUUUGCAUCCAUCUUCAGUGAAGACAUGCCACAGAGCAGAGACCAAACGAGCAAGGAUGAAAGCUUCAACAUGUUGCAUGCUUUAAUUUGUAACAAGAACUUUCUUGUUACUCUCAUUCACACCCUUGAAAAGCAGAAAAAUUUCUCUGUGAAAGACAGAUGCUUGUUUGCAUCCUUCUUGACUAUUGCACUACAAACUAAGCUAGUUUAUCUAACGCAUAUUUUGGAAGUGUUGACAAAGGACUUGAUGGAGCAAUCAAGCAAUGUACAGCCUAAGCUCCUGCUCAGACGAACCGAAUCUGUGGUAGAAAAAUUGCUGACAAACUGGAUGUCUGUCUGCCUUUCUGGAUUUCUCCGGGAGACAAUUGGUGAACCUUUCUAUUUGCUAGUGACAACUCUCAAUCAGAGGAUAAACAAAGGACCUGUUGACGCCAUAACUUGCAAAGCGCUGUACACGCUUAACGAAGACUGGCUGCUGUGGCAAGUGUCUGAAUUCAAAACAGUGGUAUUGAACGUUAUCUUUGAAAAAAUCCCAGAAAAUGAGAGUGGAGAUGCCUGUCAAACUAUCCAAGUUAAUGUUCUGGACUGCGACACCAUAGGCCAAGCCAAGGAGAAGAGCCUUCAGGCUUUCCUUAAUAAGAAUGGCUUUCUUUAUGGACUUCAACUGGAUGAAAUUGGUCUUGAACUUGUGUCUGAGGAGCAGCAAAGAGAAUUGUUAGAUAUUGAUGGUUCCUCAGAAGUGAUGGAGGAUGGGAUAAGGAAGCUAAAUACCAUCGGUCAUUAUGAGAUUUCAAACGGAGCAGCCAUAAAAGUGUUUAAAAAGAAGGCAAAUACCCGAUCAGAUGUGGACUACUCGGAUGAACACUGUCAUUUGAUUUUACCCGACUCUGAAGCAAACAAAGACGUGAAAGGAGCAGGUCACAAAGGAAAGCAAAAAUUCAAAGUGAAGGAAAUGUAUCUGACAAAGCUUCUGUCAACCAAGGUUGCAAUUCAUUCAGUUGUUGAAAAGCUCUUCAGGAGCAUUUGGAGUUUACCCAAUAAUAAAGCACCUGUUGCCAUCAAGUACUUUUUUGACUUUCUGGAUGCCCAGGCUGAGAGCAAAAAAAUUACUGACCCUGAUGUGGUCCAUAUAUGGAAAACCAACAGUCUUCCUCUUCGCUUCUGGGUGAACAUACUGAAGAAUCCCCAGUUUGUCUUUGAUAUUAAGAAGACUUCACAUAUAGAUGGCUGUUUGUCUGUAAUCGCACAAGCCUUCAUGGAUGCCUUUUCUCUAGCAGAACAGACACUGGGGAAGGAAGCACCAACAAAUAAACUUCUCUACGCUAAGGACAUUCCACUCUACAAGAAGGAGGUGAAAGCGUACUAUAAAGCCAUCAGGGAUCUGCCUCCAUUGACCACUUCAGAGGUUGAAGAAUUUCUAACUCAGGAAUCUAAGAAACAUGAAAAUGAAUUUAAUGAGAAAGUGGCCUUGAUUGAAAUCUACAAAUACGUGGUGAAAUACUACGAUGAGAUUGUCAGCAAACUCGAGCGAGAACGGGGGUUUGAAGAAGUCCAGAAACAGCUCCAGCAAGUAAAAGCCUUAUUUGAUGAAAAGAAAAAAUGCAAAUGGCUUUGAGCAGAGCACUGACUCACAGCGUCACUGUGGGGGAUUUUAAAUAAGCGCUACUGCUCCC